AUGAGCUCUGCCCAAGUCAAUGGAAUCUCUAAGAGACUCGUUGUUGAAUCUCCAAAUGUGAAAUUGGAGGAUGGUGUGCUGGAGUCCAAGUUCAACUAUCGUAAGAAUCACUUCGAGUACCGUGCUGAUGGACUUCAUGUGACACCAAAAGAACACGAGUACACUUUCAAGACAGUGCUGAAACCACGCAAGACUGGUCUAUUGCUUGUUGGACUUGGAGGAAACAAUGGAUCUACUGCCGUCGGAUCGAUCUAUGCUAAUCAAUACGCUAUGACAUGGAAAACCAAGGAGGGACAUAAUAAAGCUAACUACUUCGGAUCUGUGACUCAAACUGCUACCGUUCAUUUGGGAUACGACUCUGCAACACAGAACCAGAUUUUCGUUCCAUUCAAGGACAUCGUCCCAAUUCUCUCACCCAACGAUUUGGUCAUUAGUGGAUGGGAUAUCAGCAACUCAAACUUGUAUGAUGCUAUGGCUCGUGCCAAGGUUUUCGAACCCGAGCUUCAGGAGAAACUUCGUCCAUUCUUGGAACCAAUCGUACCACUUCCAUCAGUUUACUACCCGGAUUUCAUCGCUUCCAACCAAGGAGACAGGGCUAACAAUGUGAUUCCUGGAGACAACAAGUUGGAACACUUGGAGCAUAUUCGUGCCGAUAUUCGCAAGUUCAAGAGUGAGAAUGACCUUGAGUGUGUUAUUGUUCUCUGGACUGCCAAUACGGAGAGAUACACUGAUGUUCGCGAUGGUCUCAACUCAACUGCUGACGAAAUCAUGGAAUCGAUUCGUACUAAUCAAGACGAAGUUUCACCAUCGAACAUCUUUGCUGUCGCUUCAAUUCUCGAAGGAGCUCAUUACAUCAAUGGUUCACCACAGAACACCCUUGUACCAGGAAUCAUCGAACUUGCUGAUCGCCACAACGUCUUUGUUGGAGGAGACGAUUUCAAGUCGGGGCAAACCAAGUUCAAGUCUGCCUUCGUUGAUUUCCUCGUGAGCAGUGGAUUGAAACCGGAGUCUAUUGUUUCAUACAAUCAUCUUGGAAACAAUGACGGAAAGAAUUUGAGUGAAGCGAGACAGUUCCGCUCGAAAGAGAUCUCCAAAUCCUCGGUUGUCGAUGACAUGGUGAAAUCCAACAACAUUCUCUUUCCCGAUGCGAAGAACCCAGAUCAUUGUGUUGUAAUUAAGUACGUGCCGUUUGUCGCGGAUUCGAAGAGAGCUAUGGAUGAAUACAUUUGCAGCAUCUUCAUGGGAGGAAAACAAACGUUUGUCGUGCACAACACCUGCGAAGAUUCUCUUCUCGCCUCUCCUCUUAUCUAUGACUUGGCCAUUCUUACUGAACUAGCUAGCCGUGUCACCUACAAAGUUGGAGACGAAUUCCAACCAUUCCACUCUGUGUUAUCGAUUCUUUCUCUUCUUCUGAAAGCCCCGGUCGUCCCACCAGGCACUCCAAUCAGUAACGCCUUCAUGAGACAAUUCUCUACUCUCACCAAGUUGGUGACUGCUUUGGCUGGUUUCCCAUCCGACACCGACAUGCAAAUCGAAUUCUUCACCAAACUUCCAAAAUCACAGUAA